GGGGCGGGGCUGACUCUGUGGCUCCGCCGGCCCUCCGUGGAGAGAGCGGGUCCUCCUCCCACCUUGUGCUUCGGCGCCAGGAAUGGCCUGGCCUGAGGGAGAAAAUUCCGCAGUGGAGGAAAGAUUGGACCUGUGUUGAGGUAUCCGGCAGUUGUAGGGGGAACGAUCAUGACACAGUGAAAAGAUGGCAACUAAACUGCUGAGAUUCCUGGCUAGAUCUUCACACAAAACAAGCCACUGCCAACACUUGCAUAAAUAUGGGCUUUCAGCAUCAAGCAACAAUCUUCAAGGGGUGUCAAGCAAUUCUUUAUUAGCAUGUAGAUCCAUCAGUAUGUGCAUUCCAGAGGCAACAACAUCUUGCUUAAGCAGGCUUUGUGUGCAAACCAAGGAAUGGCAGAGACCACAAGCUAAUGUUCCUACUGCAGCAAAGACUGUGAAUUAUUUGAGUAUGCAUGUUUGUCCACCACACAGGGAACAAUUUUGUGCUCUUAAAAACACAAGUUUCAAGCACAAUGCAAAGUGUAUGGGAAAAUUUAUGGAUAUACCAAAUAGACAUUAUUCAGUUUUAUCAAGUAGUAAAAUUAUGCCAAAUCAACAUAUUUUGCCAGCUAAAAGGCUACCAAAAGCAUCGAGGACCAAGCAGCCAUCUAGAGCUAAUCUGCCACUACCGUCUGAAACUGAGGAUCUGAUGCAGUGCACAGCCUUUGCAACAGCAGAAGAAUAUAAUCUUGGUACCCUAUGCCAUGAUCUGACGUCAUAUGGCUAUGUUGAAAUAACAACAUUACCUAGAGAUGCAGCAAACGUUUUGGUGAUCGGUACAGAAAGCUCAGCGAAAGAAUAUGAUCCUGGAAUAAUUUUUUUCUUCAGGGAAGGAUCUGUUGUGUUCUGGAAUGUUGAAGAAAAAACAAUGAAGAGUAUCAUGCAAGUGCUGGAAAGGCAUGAAAUUCAGCCAUACGAAGUUGCGCUUGUUCACUGGGAAAAUGAAGAGAUGAACUACAGAUUAGGAGAAGCACAGUCAAAGCUUCAUAGAGGAGAAAUCCUGAUAAAUUCGGAACUAGAUCCUGAUGAAAUUACUCUAGAGAAGUUUGCUUUUUCAAAUGCUCUUUGCCUUUCUGUGAAGCUGGCAAUUUGGGAAUCAUCAUUGGAUAAUUUUGUAGAAUCUAUCCAGUCAAUACCUGAGAUACUAAAGUCAAGAAGGAAGGUGAAGCUCUCUCAUGCUGAUGUGAUGCAGAAAAUUGGGGAAUUAUUUGCGUUGAGGCACCGCAUAAAUCUGAGUUCUGACCUGCUAAUGACUCCAGAUUUCUAUUGGGAUAGAGAGCAUCUUGAACAGUUAUAUGAUAAAACUUGCCAGUUUCUCAGCAUUAGUCGCAGAGUUAAGGUGGUGAAUGAAAAGCUCCAGCACUGCACAGAGCUGACAGAUUUGAUGAGAAAUCAUUUGAGUGAAAAACAUGCUUUGCGUUUAGAGUGGAUGAUAGUGAUACUCAUCACCAUAGAGGUCAUGUUUGAACUUGGCAGAGUUCUUUUCUGAUAACUUGUGAAUGAUAAGAGAAUUUUGAGAAGAUUGUGAAGAUAAUCCCAACAGCCUUGUGUUUGCUGGACUUCAACAUUAUUCUUCACACUUCUGAAAAGUUCAGCAAGUGUUAUAAUAAAUGUAUGGACACUUGGUGCUAACGAAACAAUUGAAUUCACUGAGGUUAGACCAAAGCUUGAAUUGGAGGUAGUUUCCAAGAAAUCAUGGUCCAGAGUAUAUUGAUCCUUCUUUAAGAUACUGUACCUUUGUUUAGAAAGCAGACAACCAAAGACUGGCUUACUAAAGCUGUACCCACACUUGCAGUUUUUUUAUCUGCUGUAUAGCAGGAAAUUAUGUAAUGAUGCAGUAGUCUGUGCCAUGUAAAAUAAGGCUUUUAUAUGGGUUAUGUCUCACUGUGUGGUGCGUAUUUUGCCACAACUGUGAGCCAUUUGCCAGAAUUGAGGGAAGCGCUUCCAGUAUUGUACUACUGUGUUUGUGGGGAAUAAGUUAUCCAUAGAAAAAUAAGUGUGUUGGGAGAAAAAUAGGCUGAACUCUUCUCCCAAACAUGCUAAUUUGUUUUGUGCAGUUUUUUUAAAUAGGGAAGGAUUUAAACAUUGUUUUCCCCCGUCCGCAGCAUACGUAGGAACAGCUCAGGAAAAACAUAGCUCUUGGCCUGGGCCAGAAGUAGGAGCCCAAACUGAUGAACUGGUUCAGUCUUGAAACUGAAUCCAUAAACAGAAAAAGCAGUAACUGUCCCAGGAAGUUAGGAGGUUCUUUUGAGGAUGAGAGAGCAUUUGUCUCUUCUAACUCUAGAGACAUGGACAAGAGAAUGUAUUUUGUAGGAAAUUGGAAAAAGGACUCAGAAAGUGAGUUAUCCUGCAUUUAUCUCAACUCCCCACACCAAGCACAAACUGUUUCUUUCUGAUUAGUUAUUUGCUGUCCUGAUCUAAAUAAACCAUAUUCAAAUUUGAAAUUGCCCCAAAAUUUCUAUCCAGAUGAUGCACUAAAUAUGACGGUCUCUUCAAUCAGAAGCACCUAGCUAGUUCAGAUUGACUUUAACCUACUUCUCCAAGGAGCAACAGACAGUUAUCAAGUUUGCUUGUGAGAGAUUUCAAGUGGGACUAAUAAAUGUGUAGGCAUAAAUUUCAUCAAAAUGUUUACAGAUGUCUUAGUCCUACUUGAAAUCUCCAACCAACAGGCUUUGUCAAAAUGAAAACAUGGGAAUAGGGUUUUCUCCACUGUGGCACCCUAUGGAUCUUCACCUAAGAGUUUGUUUCCCUGCACAAAUAUCAUUCCGCUGACAGCUAAAGGCCUACUUGUUUAUCUGGAUCUUUGGGGAAGGGUGAAAACAGCUGAUGACAUGUUCUUCCUUGUCUGUACCGUGAAUUAUGUAUUUUAAAUUGUUUUGCUGGUACUGUUUUGUAUCCCUUCAAGAUUUUAACUGCAUAUCUAUUUGUUGCCCUGGGAUCCUAAAGGAAGUGUGUGGUCAAAUUAUAGCUAAUAGUAAUAAAAUAUUUCAUCAUCUUUCCCCCCCUAA